CAAAAGUAUACAUACACUUUAUACGUGGGUGAGGUUAUUUAUUUAGAAGAUCUCUGCUGUACUUUCUGCACAUUAACAUGGCUCCCAGAGGUAUGAUCGCCGUGACAGCAGUCCUCCUCUGCUUCAUCCUGGGCCUGCUCGGUCCAGCUCCAACUGCCCUGGGAACCCAUACGGGCAAAGCCUGUUGUAGGAGAUACAAUAGGAAGCCAGUUCCGUUCCAGCGUAUAAAAGGCUACAGAGAGCAAACCACCAAGGAAAACUGCAACAUCGAUGCGAUCAUUUUCUACACGGUCACGAAGAAUGAGAUAUGUGCGACGCAGGAGGAUGGGUGGGUGAGGAAGACUCUUAAAUUACUCAGUUCAAAACUGAAGAAGAUGUCCAAGACCGACUCUACUGCAAGUAAAACUGCGAUGAGGAAAACUGUAAGCCCUGCGUUCAAGAAUGAAGGUGGAUCUUUUGUCAGUACCACAGAAACCUUCCCAUACACUACGGAGGACUUCUAAUAGCAAAAUCAGGAACAUUUAACAUAUUAUUUCUGCAAAAGUAAAACAUGGUUAUUACUUUCACUUGCUGAAACAUAUGGAGUGUGCAUGUUGUCAUAACUUAGACAAACAGCUUUUUGAGAUAAUUAAAGUAGAUUAUGUGCUUAGCCACUUAGCAAAUGUUUUUAGUUUUUUUCAUCACGCUUUUGGGAAUAUGCUGUUUUAUUGCCUGCUUUAACCUCUUCUGCUUAAUCCAGUGAAUGUGCUAAAUCAUGACAUUAGCAAGUCUCAUUAAAAAAAUAUGUAUUUGUAAGCA